CACAGUUUCUUUUACAGAGGCCGCAAGAUGAUACUCUUGAUUUUGUUAAAUCUGCUAACAUUUUCGCUCGCUCAAGAUUGCAGUUUUGAGCAAGGAACCUGUGGAUGGAAAAACGAUCCCUCAAGCCGUCUGAAAUGGCUUCGACGUCAAGGAAACACCCCCCAAGGGAAAGGUCACUAUAUGCUGCUUGGAAAAGGCAAGAAAAACUUUGAUGCUGGUCUCCUUUUUAAGACCUCAAUUAUGGAUAAAUGUCUCUCCUUCUGGUAUAAAAUUGACGGAGCAAAAGGUAGCGCAAUUGAAGUGUUCGUCGACGGUCGCCACUUUGAAGAUCUGAAAGCUACAAAAGAUGGGAAAUGGCACAAAGCAACAUUUACCAUCAAUAAAGUAAACAAGAAGAUCGUGGUAUAUGGUGUGAGAGGGAAAAAGAAAGAUUCCAUAGCCAUCGAUGACAUUAUGCUUUCGGAUAAUUGCGGACCCAGUCCCCCAGCGACAGGCCAACCAACACCUCCACCACCAACAGGUCAACCUUCGCCUCCACCACCAAACACUCCUUCAGUACCUGGGACGUCCCCGCCUGGCGAUUGCGGUAAAGGUCCUAUUGCAAGGAUUGUCGGAGGUAUGGAAGCAAAAAGAGGUGAUUAUCCUUGGCAAGCCCUUCUCCAAAAGAACGGUUACCAGUUUUGCGGUGGAACCUUGAUUCGUCCACAAUGGGUACUGUCUGCAGCUCAUUGUGUGGAGGGUGAAAAGCCUAAAAAUAUUGUUAUUCGGAUGGGUGCACAUUAUCGAGUGGACAAACCUUCCACAUCUCAAGGUGAACAGAAGUUCAAGGUGGUUAAAAUUAUUACGCACGAGUCUUACAACAAGCCAAAAGAUAUGAGUCAUGACGUUGCCCUCCUGAAGCUUGAGAGUCCCGCUACUCUUAACGACUUCACAAAUCUCGCUUGUCUACCUUCAUCUGAUCCAAACCCUGGGUCAUCAUGCGCCAUCACCGGUUGGGGCAAUUUGAAAGAAAAUGGAAACCAACCCGAAAAGCUACAAGUAGUGCAAGUUCCCAUAAUGUCAAAACAAACCUGUGAAGGAUAUUACCGAAAUGAAUUACACGAGUCUAUGGUGUGUGCAGGAUUUCCAAAGGGAGGCAAAGAUUCCUGUCAGGGAGAUAGUGGCGGUCCAAUGGUCUGCAAGGGUCGAGAUGGCAGGUACAGUGUACAUGGUGUUACCAGCUGGGGAUAUGGCUGCGCACGGCCGGGAAGGCCUGGUGUCUAUGCCAGAGUUUCGUAUCUCGUCAAAUGGAUUGAAGGCAAGAUUAGCAAUAACUGAGGGUCAAAGAGAGAAAUGGCGCAAAUAUGAUUUUCAUAUGAUCUUAUGUACUAGACUGUAAGCCUCUUUAUUUACUUCUGUUUAUGAAUGAAGAGGAAAGUGCUAAAAAGCCAGCACAUGGAUAUCAGAGGGCUUUAUGAGGUUAUGGAAAGCAACAGCUGAAAGUUUUGAGGCUUAUUAAAGGUGUUAACAAUUUAUCAAUGAAUCAAAUAAAGCAUUGAAAAUGA